CUCAAUCAAAAUCAAUACGCAGAGAUUCAACCACAACAAAUACCCAUCCAUAUUUCUCCAUUUCCUAGGGGUUUGACUGUUUGAGUUCCCAAGUUGCAAUCAUUCAGCAGCAGGUAGCAUAUCAUCCCCAAAACUACUGUUAGUCGUAUUAAUUGAACACCCCGCCCGCAAUCACACGCCUCUACGAUUGCCACAGACAGAGACUGAGAGAGGCCGAUUCCCUUCCCCGUUAUUCUUCUUCUUCUUCCUCCUCCCCUCCUACAUCUGUCUUCCAACAGCUCCAUUUAUCUGCGAAUGGGUUCUUUAGAAAGGUCCAAGAAGAAAGUGCAGCUGUGGAAGAAAGCCGCCGUCCAUUUCGCACUCUGCUUCGUCAUGGGCUUCUUCACCGGGUUUGCCCCCACGGGCAAGGCCCCAGGGUUCUCCUCUCGCUCAGUCAUUUCAUCGAACACCUCAUCGGCAGCAACCCUCCACUCCCCACCCCAACUGCAUUCAAGUCGAAACCUCAUCUCACAACAACAACAACAACAACCACAACCACAACCACAACCGAGGUCAAGCUCCGGUAUCCAAGACCCGUCAUCACCCGAUUUGAAAACAGAGGAGGAGGAGGAGGUGGUCACGGGGACAGCAGACCUGGGUUCCAAACUGAAACUCACCCCCAGAAGGCUAAUAAUCAUAAUCACGCCCACCAACGCUAGGGAUACGCACCAAGGGGUGCAUCUCCGGCGCCUGGCGAACACGCUGAGACUGGUUCCGUCGCCGCUGCUGUGGGUGGUGGUGGAGCCGUCGGCGGGGAAGAAGACGGAGCUCUCGGAGAUGCUAAGGUCGACGGGUAUGAUGUACAGGCAUCUGGAGUACAGGGAGAAUUUCACGGCGGCGGAGGCGGAGUUGGAGCACCAGCGGAAUUUGGCGUUGAAGCAUCUGGAGCGCCACCGGCUGAGCGGGAUCGUGCAUUUCGCCGGGAUUCACAGUGUCUAUGACCUAGACUUCUUCGACCACCUCCGGGAAACUGAGAGGCUUGGAGCCGUGCUAAGUUGGUGUGCAAUCCCAUAGAUGUCCCAGAUGGCGAUAUGAUCAGCUCUAUAAGCAGGUGGCCCACGGUUACUCCCGCUGAUAUUGAGGGGUAAAUUCGCUUUUGCUUUUUACACUCCAUUUGUUGGCUAGUGUGGCUGGAACGAAAUCAGAGAAUUUUCAGAGACGCCCAGACGAAUGCUCGAGGGACAUUGAGAAAGGCUUUUCGGAAUGCAGCAGAGUGGAUCAUCGUUCAUGGCAAUAUUGACAAAGAGGAAGGUAUAAGGUGGCUGAAAAAUCGGAUUGGUAUGAUCUGAUGAGUUUGAGGAGCGUUGGGAGUCUGCUUUGCAGCGCUUCUGUUUUGAUGAGGCGAUUGUGUGUCAGCUGCUCUGGUUCAGUUGGGGAGCUGCUUCUCCUCGGGUUUCCUUUUGCUGCUCGCCUCUCCCUGGGCUGCCUGCUCUUCCCGUUUGGCUUGUUGGAUUGGUUGCAGCCCUUUCGCAGUCAUCAUUUUGUGUCGUGAAUUGUGAUUUUGUGUGUCUGUUUCAAGGUUUGCUUCAGGAGCGCCCUGGCCCGCUUAGUUGCUUUAGGUGGUGGUCGUGUGAUGGUCUGGUUUUAUUGCAGCUCUGUUAUUUGACCCCUGCAGCGCCUUGGUCUGCUUUGUUGUUUUUUGUUGGCUUUUUUGCCAUUGUCGAACUUGGGCUUUGGUUCAUCUCUCUUGAACCUUUGCCCCUCUUUGUUUCCUUUUUUGUGCAAUAGAGUUUAAUCACCAGUAUAAAAAAAACUAAUUACAUGUCAAUUUCAAAAGUAAAAAAAUUAAAAUAUUGAUCCCUCAUUCUCCACUGCCGCCGUCGACCACACUCCAGAUCACAUCUUCCUCUUGGCCCCAUCCCCCAUCCUUCCGACGCCGCCGAGAGCUUCCCCUGUUUUAAAUUUAUCGGCGGAUCUCGCCGCUAGACUCUGCCGACAAGUUAUAUCUCUCUCAUUCAAUUUGUUAUGAAGACCUCAAAGAAGCAUGAUUUCGACGUAGAGAAAGGGGAUUUGGUCAAUGAACAACUCUUGGACUCUUUAAUAUCACAUAUCUCCCAAAGAGAUUUCGUUAACAAAUUUGGGCAGGAUUCAUGAUUUAUUGAUUUUUUGUGGUGAAAUAACAAAGUGUAUUUAGGAUUGGUUGUUGAGACGUUGAAUAGAGAGAAAAAGCGCAUGCUGGAGUCUGGGCUCGAGGGAAGAAAAGCAGGGGUAGUCGGAAAAGUUUUCUCUCUCCUGCUUGAGGGAAGAAAACCAGUGAUGCCAAAUCUGUUGCUGUCGGUGAGAGGAAGAAGAUUGCUGAUCCGGAUCAAUUUCUAGAAAAACAUAGCACAUAGUCAUUUCCAUGUUCUGUCUGGGCGAUUUUCCUGCCGAAUAGAUAUGGACGGAGAAGCACCGGUCAUCGGAUGGAAGAGGGACCAGGGCUUGAAACUGGUUAUGGAUGGGUUUUGGGCUUGAAACCCAAAAAUGCAGAGGAUGUAGCUUCGAGAUGAAGCGUACAAAUAGAACCCACUCCAGCAACGAUGGAGAGCGGCCGCGGCGGCCGGAAGCACAAAACCAAGCAGCAAGUACAAAAAGUUCUAACUUGGGUACUGGUGGCAAAAUCGAAGCUAGGAAUUUGGGGUUUUUUAUUUACUUGGAUAGAAUCUCGGAUUUGAGGUGACGAAGAGGCUGGAUUCCGGCGACGGGGAAUGGAAGGACUGGAAUGGCUAGCGGAAGGGAUGUGAUCGUAUAUGGUCCAUAUAAUAUGGAGCUUUCUUCGUGUCGCCGACUAAGAGAUGAACUAUAAAUUUUUUUUAAUGUUUAAUUUUUUUAAAUUGACAUAUCAUUACGUUAACGGUCUAGUCAGUAGUCUCGUUUGCCAUAUAGUAGAAAAAUUGAAGGAGUUAACGGAGUGUGACGGAGACUAACGGUCGGUGACUAAUAGUGAAAUGAUUUUUAAAGUUAGUGACGAAUAAGAAAGAAAAGUAAUUCGG